UGUUCAGUGCCCACUGUACUGCUAGGCAUCCCUGUAAGAGGAGGAGGAGGCUCUGUCAAACUCAGAAAGCAAAGGGAGAGAAAACAAUUCUCCUUGUGUGUGCUUUGCCUUGUGUUUUUCCAGCAAGCACAUCCAGAGCUCAUCUGAAAUGUAUUAAAACCCUGGAGAAAGAAGGAUCCUCUGUAAUCUAGCUGCGCUGACGCUCCACAGAGGGCUCCUAUUUGCUGCUGGAGGUACACCCAUACAUGUAGCUGCAGCUCCUCCAGGACGAGUUCUUCUGUCUUUGAUUCAAAACAUUUUCCAGGCUCCUGAGGGCGAGACCGGAGAGGGAGAGAUCAAGGUGCUUUGGGAAGAAUCCACUACGACUUGGGGCUAAAGGUUGCCAGCGUUAGGACUACUUUCAAGGAAAAACUCACAGCUUCAAACAAAGCUUCAGCCCUAUCAUUCCUCGCGCUGUGUACAGAACCCAACUCAAGGACAAAGUGAGCGCUCUACACAUAAAUACAGGAAGCACCUGAAGUCAGAUACAGGAAUUACAGAUCCAAACAACAAGCAUCCUAUAGCAAUUUUGUCUUAUCGGUUAUUAGAAAUGUCACGCUGGGGGCGUAAAAAUGUAAAGAAGGCGCCUGAGGUGAUCCGCACUGUGACAGAAGGGCUGAAGUCUAUGUACCGUAAGAAGCUGCUGCCUCUGGAGCAGUAUUAUGGUUUCCAUGACUUCCACUCCCCCAGUCUGGAAGAUGCAGACUUUGACAACAAGCCCAUGGUUUUGGUCGUGGGACAGUACUCCACUGGGAAGACCACAUUCAUCAAGUAUCUACUGGAGCAGGAUAUUCCUGGGAGCAGAGUGGGUCCUGAACCCACCACUGACUGCUUUACUGCCAUCAUGCAUGGAGAGGUGGAGGGAGUUAUUCCCGGGAAUGCUCUCAUCGUAGAUCCCAACAAGCCAUUCCGUAAACUCAACCCAUUCGGAAACACCUUCCUCAACAGAUUUCAGUGUGCCCAGAUGCCCAACCAGGUUUUGGAGAGCAUCAGCAUCAUUGACACACCGGGGAUCCUGUCUGGCGCCAAGCAGAGAGUAAGCCGAGGUGAGCGGGGUGACAAAGGUUAUGACUUCCCAGCUGUGCUGCGCUGGUUUGCGGAGCGUGUGGACCUUAUCAUCCUGCUGUUCGAUGCCCACAAACUGGAGAUCUCAGAUGAGUUCUCCGAGGCCAUCGGGGCCCUGAAGGGCAACGAGGACAAGCUACGGGUGGUGCUCAACAAAGCUGACAUGGUGGGGACCCAGCAGCUGAUGAGAGUGUACGGAGCGCUGAUGUGGUCCCUGGGGAAGGUGUUCGGCACCCCAGAGGUUCUGCGUGUCUACAUCGGCUCCUUCUGGUCAGAGCCACUCCUGGUCACUGAUAACCGUAAGCUAUUUGAGCUUGAGGAGGAGGAUUUGUUUGCUGACAUCCAGAACCUCCCUCGCAAUGCAGCUUUACGCAAGCUCAACGACCUGGUCAAGAGGGCGCGUCUGGUCAGGGUUCAUGCCCACAUCAUCAGUUAUUUGAAGCAGGAGAUGCCAUCUGUCUUCAGGAAGGACAAUAAGAAGAAGAAUCUCAUCUAUCAGCUGCCAGUUAUCUUCACUAAGAUCCAGCUGCAGCACAACAUUUCUGCUGGGGAUUUCCCAGAUUGUGCUAAGAUGCAGGAACAACUGAUGGUUCACGAUUUCACCAAGUUCAAAACUCUGAAGCCAAACCUGAUGGUGGCCUUGGAUGAGCUGCUCUCCUCUGACAUUGCCAAAUUAAUGCCCCUGCUGCGCCAGGAGGAGCUGGAAGCAGGAGAUCAACUUGGCGUGCAGGGCGGUGCCUUCCUGGGGACCCGGGCCGGGCCCUUCACAGAAGGUGGCCCUUUUGCUGAGGAGAAUGGAGAGAGAUGUGAGGAGGACGAGGACUGGGUGGUGACCAAGGACAAGCCCAAGUAUGAUGAAAUCUUCUACAACCUCGCCCCCAACGAGGGCAAGCUGAGCGGCACCAAGGCAAAGGACUGGAUGGUGAGCACGCGCCUGCCCAACUCAGUGCUGGGUCGCAUCUGGAAGCUGUCAGAUGUGGACCGCGACGGCAUGCUGGAUGAUGAGGAAUUUGCCCUGGCCAGUCAUCUAAUUGAGGUGAAGCUGGAAGGCCACGGUCUACCUCCCGAGCUGCCCUCCCGUCUGAUCCCGCCUUCCAAACGCAGGCAGAAGGGCUCUGACGCUUAGACACAUCCCAGCAGCUGAGAGAUUCUUCUCCUAUCGCUGUCACACUUUUGCUACUGUUUGUACUUGCUUUUGUUUCCUCAACCCACAUGAAAAUGUUAUACAUACGUUGCUGGACAAAAGUUUCAUACCACACAUUUAUUUCUUGAGAUUUGCCUCCUGAGGUGUCAGACGUUCUUUUUAUCUUUUAAAUUCGUUUUUAUCAACAGUUCUUCAGGCUUUCUGAAAGACAUGAGCUGCUUUUUCGCUCAUUUACAGAACAAAAUAGUUUACACCUGACCACAAUGUCAUGUUGUGUUGUUUUUGCAAGAAAAAUAAAAGAAAUGGACCACUGUCAGACCUAAGACACCUAUUAAAAGCAGAUGAACCAAAUCUAAAAGCCUUUGAGAAAGAAGAAAUAGUUUUCAAAAUAGUGUUAUAUUUAGAUUUAGAAAUAACUUGGGUUUUAAUUGAAAUCCCUCCCGUGCUCCAAUUUGUAUACUCACUGUAAUCCUUGCAGAAUCCUGGAGGAAGUUUGUGCCUUCCUGCAGUGGUCAAUAGGCGGGAGGCUGGGUGGCGUUCACGCUGAACAGGUCACCAGGUCAUCACAGAGAGACACGUGUGCACUCAGGACAAAUAAUCAUGCACACAAUCAUGUCUGAGAGCAAUUUAAAGUGGCCUGUAGAGAGUGCAAAAAUUUACAGGUAGAGCAUGAAAACUCUAUCCAGUAAAGACUCUCGAAAAUAGUCAGGUACUGAAUCUGAAAAAGAAACAAAAAACAGUCCAAAAGAAACUUCUAAAAAGCCUUCACGAAGCCUGGAGAUCUUUUAAUCGGAUCAUUUUAAAAGAUGACAACAGUCUGUCUGCUUGGAAGCAAGAUAUUAAGAAAUGAAUGACAACUAAAACGUUUUUGCUCAGUGUUGUAUAAUUUCUUUCAGACUAACUGUACUCUUGCACAGCUGAACAUACUUUAUUUAAGCGUAACGUGACCGUGACUUUCUGCAAGUGACCAAGUUUGGGUGCUUCCUCUCUUUGGCUCUUGAAAAUGUGUCAUUUUUUAUGAUGAGCUUUUGAAAAUGUAUCUACUCGUGUUUGCAGAAGGUAAACGCUCAGAGUGAGCUCAUUUGUUAAUAUAAUCUUUCCAUAUAGCGUGCACCAUCUGUAGUUAGAUUCUGAAGUUAUUUUGCUAUUUGCCUUCUUCCUCCCACAUUUCGUCUUUCCGGACGAAGACCAGCUUAGCUCACAUGAUUCGUUUAUAGCAUUUUCUAUAAAAAGAAAACGGCUCAAACCUAAUACCGUUCAUGCAUUUCACUCUGAUGCUUUACAUGGUUUUGUGCAUAUUUUAUAUGUUAUUUUUUUAUUUUAACUGUUGCUUUAAUGUUAAUGUACAGGAGCAAGUUGCAUAAAAGAACAUUACAUGCUGAGAUAAACUUUUUCUUUCAAAGAAGACUGAAUGACUGAUAAGUAACUGACUACUGUACACUGCUCCACAAACUGUUUGUAUGUUAACUAUUAUUGCAAGUAAAUAAAAUUCCUUGACUGUGA